GCUCAUCUUUUGCGAGUGUGUUAGUGUGACUGGCAACGCGACCAGAAGCCUGGUCGAAUCCUGCUUGGAAAUCGGUUUGUUUUGUCGAUGGGGCUGGCCCGCGAAAUCGCAUUGUGUUGUUUGGGAAGGCCCGCUCGAUGCAUGUUAGGUAGGCGUAAUUUGUUCGAGUUUGACGUGCCUGCACCCUCCCUGCAUCAAAACGAUCAAAUCAAAAUAAAGCGACAAACUCGACACGCGGAUUCUGUGCAGGCGGUGCAGGUAGAUUGUUUUAGGUGUUUCUAUUAAUAAUACGGAACCCAUAAAAAAUAACAGAGUAAAUAAUGGCCAACGUUUUACUGAGUGAAGCAGAAAAAACAUAUAUUUUGCACGGUAUUCAGAAAGACUAUCGCAAUGACGGUCGAACGAAUCGCGAUUACCGACCGAUGGAACUGGAAACGGAUAUUGUCGUACAUGCGAUGGGCUCCGCUCGGCUGCGCUUGGCCAACACGGAUAUACUGGUGGCAGUAAAAGCCGACAUCGAUGCCCCCAGUCCCGAUCGGCCAAAGGAGGGCAAAAUCGAGUUUUUCGUCGAUUGCUCGGCUAAUGCGACGCCAGAUUUUGAAGGCCGCGGUGGCGAGGAAUUGGCAACGGAAAUCUCCAACACCUUGUCGAAGGCGUACCUAUCACAACAGGCUUUCGAUUUGACUCCACUGUGUAUUCUGGCCAAGCAUCAGUGCUGGAAACUGUAUGUGGAUAUCUUGAUCCUGGAAUGUGGAGGAAAUCUAUUCGAUGCCGUGUCGUUAGCUGUAAAGGCCGCGCUUUACAACACAAAGCUACCUCGAGUGUCUUCGGCGGAACUGGACGGAGGAGCUAUGGACAUCAUACUGUCGGAUGAUCCCUAUGAUUGCGAGCGGUUAAACAUACAAACUGUUCCCCUUUUGGUAACUGUUUGCAAAAUUGGAGACUACUGCGUGGUCGAUCCAUCAGCCGAGGAGGAGGAAUGCAGUGCCAUUAGCGUCGUUAUUGGUGUGUCUCGCAAGAACGACGGUAAAGCCUCUGUCACAUCGAUCAGAACAUCUGGGGAGGGUUCCUUCCAUUCGGACACCUUAAUGAAGAGUUUGGAUCUGGGUGUGAGCGCUGCAACGUAUUUGGAUAAAGCUUUGAUGGCAGCGCUGAAAACCGAUGAAGAGAACAAUACUAAGCCCCUGGGUGAAAAGGAAAUAUUUGGAUUUAUGAAAUAAACUAUUUGAAGACAAUCGAAA